AGUAUCGUGUAACGAAGGUUACGAUUGGAUGUCCAAAUCAACCUCCUCUUCUCGAAAGGAUUCCCACGAUACAAUGGUGUAGCUUUACGGAUCAUUCCAACUCGGGCAUCGAGACCCCAGACGUCAGUCUAUUACUAGCUACAUCAAGAUUUUCCAAAUCCAUACGAUGGGCUCUUGUUGCUUGAGAGAUUGCAAGUAGACACGAGCUCCCAGCUACCAGUCUGCUAUCUUUCUCGCCUUGGCAUCAUUUAUCGGAGCAUGUCGCUCCAAUGAUCGCCUCAAUGUGUCGCCUUAUGCCAGUCUCUUUCCGUAUACGCAUCUACCACUUUUUAAGCUCUCUUGGAUCUCGUGUUUACGGGUCAUCUUGUAGCCUGAGGGUUCAACAUCUCCCUUUUGGCAUGUAUCUGAAGACGAAGAGCGUUGAAGACCAUCAAGCACUGAAAAUUGAGUUCGGGGCACCACAGCUUGUACGAAGCCAAACCCAAAUUCCAGUCCCUCGUCCGUUAUAUCUAUUGUCCGACACUGAAACGUCUUAUCUGCUGGCCGCUACCUUACCGGGACAGCGCUUGGGCUCGUACAUUGACAUACUGAGCGAUCAUGAUCUCGAUAUCCUCACACAUGAUAUGCAGAGAUACCUGACACAACUGCGCUCAAUCUCAAGACACGGAACGCCAAAGUAUGAAAUAAGCAAUGCAAUUGGUGGAAAAUAUUAUGACUAUCGGAUCAUUGCGGCUCACGACUAUGACAAGGAACGUGGUGAUUUCUUUGCACCUUGUACCGAUGAAGAAGACUUCAACGAUAUACUGCGAACACCCGCGCUACCAGAUGGCUUUGACUCCACGGGCCAUAACAUUGUGUUCACGCAUUCCGACAUCAACAUGCGGAACGUUUUGAUGCACAACGGUCGGAUUUCGGGUAUCGCGGACCGGGAGAACCCUGGAUGGUUUUCGGAUUACUGGGAGUAUACCAAAGCGCAUUAUGUUACCAAGCUUCACAAGAGGUGGUUGGCAGUGGUUAAUCGAAUCUUUGAAAUUUUCGGUGAUUUUACACUUGACCUGGAAAUUGAGCGCCGCUUAUGGGAGUAUUGCUUCUAGCUGGAAGACAGUCAAGCAAAGAGAGUACUGAUACUUCAAGGUGUAUAAUUCACAGGGAAAGAGAGUAGAGUUAAACAACGCAGUUCAUCCGGACGAGUUAUUAAUAACUAAUAGGCCAAUAAAGUACAAGAAGAAUAUGUCAAAAGUCCAUCCAUCCAAACACAU